AAACUAGAGCCAGUAAUGGCUGAGCCAAGCAAGGAAGCAGUGUGUGUGACUGGAGCCAACGGGUUCAUCGGCUCAUGGCUGGUCCAGACCCUUUUGACCACCGGCUACACUACCAUUCACGCCACCAUCUACCCUGGCUCUGACCCAUCUCAUCUCUUUACUCUCCAAGCUGCUUCCAAAGCCAACCUCAAAGUCUUCGAGGCUGACAUUCUAGAUGACGUGGCAGUUUCAAGGGCAGUGGAGGGCUGCACGGGGGUCUUCCACGUGGCAUCUCCUUGUACCUUGGAAGAUCCCCAGGAUCCACAAAAGGAACUUGUGUUGCCUGCUGUACAAGGUACUCUUAAUGUGUUGGAGGCUGCUAAGAAGUUCAAGGUGAGGCGUGUGGUGCUCACGAGCUCUAUUUCUGCUCUUGUGCCUAACCCCGGUUGGCCUCAAGAUAAAGUGUUUGAUGAGACUUCGUGGACUGACCUUGAUUAUUGCAAGUCUCGUCAGAAAUGGUAUCCAGUGUCAAAGACAUUGGCAGAGAAAGCAGCAUGGGAAUUUGCUGAGAAGAAUGGGAUUGAUGUUGUGGCUAUCCACCCAGCUACAUGUCUAGGUCCACUUCUGCAACCUUAUUUGAAUGCGAGCUGUGCUGUGUUACAGCAGUUGUUGCAGGGUUCAAAAGAUACUCAAGAGUAUCACUGGUUAGGAGCUGUGCAUGUCAAAGAUGUUGCAAAGGCGCAAGUGUUGCUAUUUGAGUCUCCUGCUGCUUCUGGUAGAUAUCUUUGCACCAAUGGUAUCUAUCAGUUUGGUGAAUUUGCUGAAAGAGUCUCCAAACUCUUCCCUAAAUUUCCGGUUCACAGGUUUGUAUCUCGUACAACCUUAUGCUAUGUAUCUAGGCUUGCUGUAUCAAAAUACAAUAUCCUAGUUACUUGUAAUACAGACAAACAACACAUGCAUCCAUAUCUGAAAAGGUGCUAUUCCCACUAUAUAAUUUAGUGGCUGCUUGAUGUGAAGUUUUGUAGUUGCCAUUUCCAACUGCAAGAAAAGAUCCCAAUCAAAUCUAAUCAGAACAGCCUACAUUAAAGCUGAUCUGGUAACCAACGUCUAUAAUUUGACCUGCUAGCACUUUUAAUCUAUGUUUGAAUUAUGAUAAUUUAGUCAUAAUAGUUUUUAGAUACAUUCUCUGAUGUACUUGGAUAUGGUUAAUUGUUGGUGGUGGUAACCCGGGAAAAGUGUCACUAAUGGCGGGAGAGAUCAUGAGAAUAGUUGAAGCUUCAUUCUUUGUUUUUAAGUCAGUGACAUGGAUUGGUAUAUAUCCCUUGUCAGGGCCACAUGCUUCAAUUAUAUUGUUAACUUUUCAGAUUCCUUGUCCAGAAUGUUACUUUGUAGGAAUUUAGGUUUGCUGCCUAUUUAGUGGUCGCUUACCCUCAUCAUCUCUUCAACAUUGAGACUAUUGACAAGACCAUCUUAAGCGUCUAAUAGGGGAAAUUAAAUUUUUUUGUUCUUUUUUUGAUGGUAAAACAAAAGUGGGGGAGAAUUGAAAAAUAAUAUAAUUUGGAAAGCAACACUAAAGUGCUCAUUUAUAAAGGCCUUGGUGGAGAAUUAGUCAUAUAUUUUGAGCUUUAGAUAAUCUAUAGAUUCAAACAUGGUGACCCUAGUUGGGGGUCAUUAUUGCACUCUAUGUGGUGCAUAGGUUGACAGAAAUUCAAGUUUUAUCACUUAAAUGAUCAUGACUUUCUAGUGCCGCCUAUCUUGUCAUCUUGCUUCCUACUCUUUGUAAUUGUCCUGUCAUGGUGGCUCCCCUGCAGAAAGAUAGGAGCUUCUUUAGUUGGAAGUUUGUUUCUUUCAAAUAUAAUGUACCUCAAGUAUUUUCACUUAAUUUUUUC